AUGACCGAAACAGAGGUGCAGACGCUUCCAGAUGCACACGGAGAUCUGAUGGAUGAUCUAGGCGUGUCAAACAGCGACAUUGACUGGAUACACAGGUGCCGAGAGCUGAAAAAACUCCGGAAAAAGGCGAAAAAAGUCAAUUCGGCUUCAGAGGCGGCUCUGGAGGACACAAUUAGACGCACCAGGUCCCACACAACCUCAGUGGUAGCGGACAGGCGGCCGUCCGGCACAUUUUCGGCCUCCUCGGGCUCAUCCGGUGGCUUAAUACCUCCCCCAGAAGCUAAUUUAGCAAAAAAAAGCCGACCCAGAAGACCCUCGUUGCGCAAAACAGACAAAAAAACACCAAAGACACACGUUCGCAGCUCCAGCGUGUCGUCUGAUUCCUCACGCAGCAGCAGAAAAUCAACCAGAUCGUUUCUAAGCUCACUUUCGUCGAGGUUGAGGCGCAGGUCACGUGACUCGGCCGAAUCGCUGGAAGCCGAGGCGAUGUCGGCCAAUGAGGGCUCGAUUGAGUCGAAGGCGAUCUCUUGUGAGGAGGAUAUGGAUAUGGCAGACAAGACACUGAGGCUUGUGCCUUUUAAAAGAGUGACAUUUGCAAUUCAGGAGCUUCCGGAUGAGCCACAACAGCAAAUUCCGUCGCGGCACCCGAAGAAGGGGCGCGUCCUUACACCAGAAGAUAUUGCGGGAGUGCCGUUGCGGAUAUCGGAGGGGAUUUCGAUGGGCGCAGGGGGUGCGGGUACGGGUGCGGGCGCAGGAGAUACCGCCAGCACCAGCGCUACGAAGGGUGCGCCUGCAGGCGCCAGCGCACAGCAGCAGUUGAAAGUGGCGCGCGAGCGCCGGCGCAUCGCAGAGAUGGAGGCCAAGAAGCACGCAGCGCAGGCGCACCAGACGGCGCUACGGCUCGCCAAGGAAGUUGCAAAGUACAGGAAGCAGCGCAUGGACGGGAAAAAGGGAAUCCUAAUGCGCAGAGACGCAUCCUCAUCAGUGGCAGAAAACGGCGCGGCGCUUGCGCUGCCUGCGGCCCGCGCAGACGGCUUCCGGCGCGCAGACGAACCUGAAAGUCCUUUCGACUCGGACACUUUGGGUAUCGACACACCCUUACACCACCACGUGGACUACUUCACGGUUGUAGAAGACGGUGCGGAGGAGAAAGCCGCCGGAAAACUAAGAGAUCCCGACGGCACAGCGCCGUCUUUGGAAAACCUCUAUGCGCGCUGCUGCCACUUGCGCGAAAUACUGCCUAUUCCGGUAACUUUAAGGCAGUUGAAGGGCAAAACAAAGCCGCUUAAAGUGUUGAAGAUGCUCAAUCCUCGGCCAACGCCGAUCGACCUUCUUUCGUUUUCGGACUUUUUGGCAAUUGCGCCAGUGCAGAAUGUAGUUUUUGACAAUGUGAUUCUAACGACAAAGAUGUUGGAGUCUGUACUUGUGAGCCUUGCGCGCGCGCAGGCGCUUGAAAAGCUCUCCUUGCGCAAUGUUGCGAUUGAUGCGGCCGGCUGGAAGUAUCUCUGCAAGUUUUUGACUGUGAAUGGUGCGCUGCGCAAGCUUGAUAUCUCGCAGCACCGGAUUCCGUCGCGCUUGCUGGAGGCGGGUGCGGGUGCGAGCGCAGGUGCGGGUUCGAGUGCCAGCGCUGGCGCUGCGAAUACAGAGAGCGCAGAGGUGCUGCGCAGGUACAGCCGCUCGUCUAUGGACUGGAGCUUGUUUACCGAGUGCUUGCGCAGGCGCGGCGGCAUUGAGGAGCUAGUGAUAAAUGGCUGCAAGCUGACGGAUCCGCAGUUUGAGGAGCUCCUGCGCUCAGCGGUCAGUCUCCGCACUCAGCGCCUAGGCGUUGCAGAUAUGGAGCUGAAUAUGCGCAAGAUGACGUGUCUAAUGGAGUGGGUUUCAUCUGAUUUUUCCACCUGCGCAGGCAUCGAUAUAGCUUCAAAUGAUUUGUCUAAUGGCCCUGCGCAGGUCCUGGCUGUGGAAUUGAAGGAAAGAGCGCAGCGCCUGGGCAAAUUGAGGAUGUUGGCAUCUAGCAACAUCCACAUUAGCGCAGGGGAGGCGGAGAAAUACUUGUGUGCGCUAAGCGGGUUGAAAAAACUACAGUUUGUGGACUUGGGGCGCAACCCGCAGAUGUUCCCCGAUAUCGUGCCGGCGCUAGCGCAGUUCUUGCCAAAGCUCAAAUCGCUCAACAGACUACAUUUGGAGUUCAAUAAUCUGACAGAGGACCUGAUCAUCGAGCUGGCGCCCGUGUUUGCGCAGUGCGCCAGGCUUGCGCACGUCUCCCUCCUUGGGAAUGACAGCGGAAUGACCGAAAAGGCCGUGGGCGCGCUCUACAGCGCUGUGCGCAAGUCGCGCAUCCACACGCUGGAGAUUGACUACAGUCUCGUCAGCGACGAAAUGUGCGCUAAGCUCUCCACCGCCUUGAAGGCGAACAUGGAUGCGCUGAUCGGUGCUCGCUCGGCGAAAGCGCAGAAUUAA